AUGCUCGCCAGCAGCCAGGGCAAGGCAGCCACCAUGAAGACGGCCCCGAGCACAGCAGAACACACACGAAAGUCCAGUCUAGGAACUGCGGCGUCAACCUGGUCGCGCAACACACGAUACACCUUGCGCAUUCCACUCCUCGGCCGACAAAUUCACGUCUCGUCACGCCGAAUCUGCCGACAAGUCGAGACGGUCAUCUACGUUCCGUCAAAGUCGUACCGCAGUUUCCACGAAUUGGAGCAGGAUGUCUGCAGCGCAAUCUUUGGGGCCCUGUACGAGCAAGGCGAGAAGACCGGUUUCGCCAUGUAUGCAGAAAUGGAAAUCCUAUACAACACCCAAGACAACCAGUCAGGCUAUUUGUCACCAAAACGCGAGAGAGCCACUCUGGAUGAACAUAAUUGGGAGGAUAUCAUAGAACUAGUCUUGUCUGGCGAAGCCAAGAAGGUGGAGCUGAGAGCGAACUGGCAUAGGUCAAAGGGAUCGGGCCAGCCAUCCAAGAACAUGUCGACUACACAAACACCAUCGAACUUCCCGGUGCAUAAGAGUAUGGAGAGAUUGUCGAUGGGCCUUCCCAGUCCGGCCAGAAGCAGUGGAAGUGUCAGCCCAAGACGUUCAGAGACCAUGUCGACCAGGAGGAGCUCAGGAAGCGAACGUGACGACAGUCCGGUUAGCAGGACGGACAGUGGAUUCGGACAGAUGCCAGAACUGUCGAAGUGA